CAUAGGUCCAACCCAAUUUACCCACGCCGCCUCUACCCACACCGCCUGUGUUUCCCUGUCUCAAAAUUGAAGUUGUCAUCUCCUUCCAAAUUUAUUUCAUUUUAAUCAACAAAAUGUUCAAGAAGGCAGUAGAAGCGAAGGCCCAACAGAGGUUAUCGGGAGCCGAUAGGAAGAAGCUGAGGCGGACUGUCAGAGACAAAUUUCCCAGGGCUUCUGAUGCCGACAUUGAUGCCUUGCUCCCUCCCAAGGCUGAGAUAAUAGUUGCAAAGUUCCAAAAUCGAGUCCAUGUCUAUGGUGUAGAAGGUGGCUUUCCGGUGUUUUUCGAUGUGGAUGGCCGAGGCUCUGAAAUAUACCCCACUGUUUUUGCUCUCUGGAAGGUCCCUGAACUCUUACCUUCUUUUAUGCUUAAGGGGGGUGAGGUUUCUCAAUUUGUCAUUGGAGGGGCAGAUCUGAUGUUCCCUGGUAUCAGUGUGGCUGCUGGAGGUCUAGCUUCUUUUUCAGCUGGGGAACCAUGGGCGGUGAAAGUUCCUGGCAAUCCAGCACCUAUUGCAGUUGGGUCCACCACUAUGAGCAGUGAUGAAGCAUUAAAAGCUGGUUUGCGUGGGAAGGCUUUACGGAUAAUGCACUAUUAUCGUGACUUACUUUGGGAAUCAGUUGAGGGUCAUUAUGUUCCUAAUGCAGGUUUCUUGGAGGAUGUUGUCUUUGAGGAUCCUUUAUUUUUGGCAUCAAAUCAACCUUCUGAUUCAUUUGAAGGUGAUACUCAUGGGUCUGAUGCUCAACAAAGUCACAUUAACAAUGAAAAUAUUGGGGAAUCUGUUAAUGUAAAUGAUGUUAUUGCUGAAACAUCUGCUGCCUCAAUACAAAAUGAUUCCGUGAAUGCUGCAAAAGAAAUUACUUUGGAUGCCUGUGAUUUGAAGUCAACAGAUAAUGAUGCUGCUGCCAAAUCAGAUAUUGAGCUCUAUUCGCUCUCCAUUGAGGAUGUUGACUCCCAUUUAGACAGAUGCCUUUUGCAGGCCUUGCAUACAACAGUAAAGGAUAAAGACCUUCCAAUACCUGGAAGCACAUUGUGGUCUAACCAUGUGUUAGCUUGUAGACCUUCAGGAAUCACAGUAGAUAUCAAAAAAUCAUCUCAUAAGAAGUUAUCAAAGUGGCUACAAGCUAAAUCAUCUACAGGACUGCAGAUAACAAUAAAGGAAGACAAGUACAAAAAAGAAGCUAUGUUAAUAUCUGUUAACCGCAGUCACCCAGAUUACUUACCAUUCAAGCCAGAAAAGCGACCAGUAGAGAAAGUUGAUCAGGCUGCUGAUUGUGCUGCUAGUGAAUGCUGUUCACAAAAGGUGCUUGAAGUGGUAGAGGUCUACAAGUCAAGUGUGCAUGUUAAUUCCAUUUUUGCUUCUGUUGGAGCUGACACUGGGAAACUUUACUCAGCUUCUGAAGCUUCUGAUAUAGUCUUCAAGUACAUUGAGAAAGAAAAUCUGGUGAAGCAAACAGAAAAAGCCAUUGUGGUUUUAGAUGCAACUUUGUGUGAUGCAUUAUUUAAGGGAGCCAUCAAGAAAGGAUCAACAUAUCCAACUGAGAUCCACAAGAAAGAUUUAGGAGCAACAUUUAUAAGCCGUAUGCAGGCCCACCACAUUGUGACCAGAGGAAGCGAGUCUGUUGUGCGUAAAGGUGUUUUGAAAACAGUUCAUAUAAUGACUGAACGAAGGCAAGGGAACAAAAAGGUGACAAAAGUUUCAGGUUUGGAAACUUUCCUCAUUGAUGCUGAAGCAUUGGCAUCAGAGCUGCAGAAGAAGUUUGCUUGUAGUACAACGGUGGUGGAAUUGCCAGGUUUGCGAGUUAAUAUUUUGAUGGGUGAGAUAUUUACAGUUACAGUUAUCAUCGUGGCGCUUGAUGCAACUGCAAAUGGGCUUGAUGUGUUUCGUCAUCCUUUUCCCCUAAUCCUUUUUCCGUUUUCAUGAACUGCCUUUCUACAAGGGAAAAAAAGGGUGUAGAGGGUUUCUUUUCCAAUGCUUACAUUGUAGAGGGUUUCUUUCCAAUGCUUACAUUUUUGAGAAGUUGCACAUAUAGCUCUUCUCUCUCGGUCUUUCUGCAACCAGUUAAGCUGCUAUAUAUAUCAACUUUAUUUUGUGAUUCAACUGUAAUGAAAAGCUUGGAAUAUCAGUACACCAUCUUUCUUAAACAUAAAUCUAACAUGAGCUUAGCUGUUGCAUUUUA